AUGCUGAAGAGCAAAUCGAGGAGCCCGGAGAACGACGUCGAGUCCCUGAAGCACUGGCAGUACCCCGAAAAAUGUGGGCACCAUAUUGUCAGAGCGCCCCAACCUAUCCAGACGUCUAGUAAUUUCCAUGGCCCAGCUCGUCUUCCUCUCCUCCUCCUCUCUCCCCAGCUCCCAGCCCCCCUGCCCCUGGUCCCCGAGGUGGAGAGGCCGCUGUGCCAGCAGGUCUGGUUCCACGGGGCUCUGUCCCGGCAGGAUGCCGAAUGGCUGCUGCAGAAAGAGGGCGACUUCCUGGUGAGGGAGGGAGGAGGCAGGAGCCGAGAGGAGGUGGUGCUGUCAGUCAGGAGCAUGGGGCAGGGCCGACACUUCAUCAUCCAGAGCAUCGGAAACGCAUACUGUUUCGAGCCCCAGGGCAGUUGGUUCUACACCGUGCCCCUGUUGAUCGAGCACCACGUCAGGAAGAAGAAGUACCUGACAAAGAAAUCCAGGGUCACGAUCCGAGCGCCGGUACUCAAGGUGAAAUGGGAGCUGGAACAUGAAGACAUCGUGAUGGGAGAACUCAUUGGCAGUGGUAACUUCAGCGAGGUGUUCAGCGGGCGGCUGGCCUCUGAUAACACUCCUGUCGCUGUGAAGCUGUGCAGGGACGGCAUGCCCAGCGAGAUCAAGAGCAGAUUCAUCGAGGAGGCGCGGAUUCUCCAGCAGUAUGAUCACCCCAACAUUGUGCAUCUCAUUGGGGUGUGCGCCCUGAACCCCGUCUGUAUCGUCAUGGAGCUCGUCACAGGGGGUGAUUUCCUCUCGUUCCUGCGUUCUCAGGGAGGCAGUCUCUACAUCAGGGAUGUGCUUAAGUUUGCAGAGCAGGCAGCAGCGGGCAUGGCUUACCUGGAGAGCAAGAACUGCAUCCACCGGGAUCUGGCUGCGCGGAACUGCCUGGUGUCAGAGAGCAGCAGCGUUCUGAAGAUCAGCGAUUUCGGGAUGUCCCGCGAGGUGGAGGAUGGGGUAUACUGUGCUACCAAGGGAGGCAUGAAGCACGUCCCAAUCAAGUGGACCGCUCCAGAGGCACUCAAAUUCGGCCGCUACACCACGGAGAGUGACGUGUGGAGCUACGGAAUCCUCCUCUGGGAAACGUUCAGCCUGGGGGCCACGCCCUACACCGGCAUGACCAAUCAGCAAGCCCGGGAAAAGGUUGAAAGAGGUUUCCGGAUGAGGGCGCCCAGGUUCUGUCCCUCAGAGGUGUACGAUGUGAUGCUGCGGUGCUGGGAUGAGCGCCCUGCAUACCGACCAAGCUUCUUCGAUAUCCACUGCGAGAUUGCCGUGCUGCUUCGGAAGAUGAAGUCCUGUGAGCGGGGGAGUGACUGACUGGGCUGAAACUACAUCUCCGUGUGGGCAGGGCACGCUCAAAUAAACCACAGCUGAUUUAUUUACUUAAAUAUAUUUACAAAGAGAUGUGUGGUUGGUGGUGGUGUUUUUUUUCUUCACAGCGUGCAUAGGCAACAGCCUCAGGUGUGUCUUAUUAAACGUGUAGUAAAACCAGGAAUGGAUCAAACUGCUGUGCAGCGGGAGUCUCAUUUCCAUUCCUGUUAUACUAUGCAUUUACCAUGCUUUUUUGACUUGCUUAACAGUGCUUACCAUGAAUUCACUGUGCUGUAUUACACUUUGCUGUGCUUUUAUUAUAAUUUACUAUUAUAAGGGUUAUUUUACCAUGGUUUGUUUAUAAAUAUGCUUUACCAGACCUCUCUGUGCUUUACAAUGCUUCCCUAUGCUUUACCAGACCUCUCUGUGCUUUACAAUGCAUCCCUAUGCUUUACCAGACCUCUCUGUGCUUUACAAUGCUUCCCUGUGCUUUACCAGACCUCUCUGUGCUUUACAAUGCUUCCCUAUGCUUUACCACACCUCUCUGUGCUUUACAAUGCAUCCCUAUGCUUUACCAGACCUCUCUGUGCUUUACAAUGCUUCCCUAUGCUUUACCAGACCUCUCUGUGCUUUACAAUGCUUCCCUGUGCUUUACCAGACCUCUCUGUGCUUUACAAUGCUUCCCUAUGCUUUACCAGACCUCUCUGUGCUUUACAAUGCUUCCCUAUGCUUUAGCAGACCUCUCUGUGCUUUACAAUGCUUCCCUAUGCUUUACCAUACAUCACUGUGUUGUAUUACACUUGCUAUGCUAUUACAAUUAUACACUCUUUAUAGGGGCACUGUUACAAACCGCUACAGGAAUGUGUAACCAAAAAAAAAAAAGAAACUCACCUGCGUUAAAAAUAAAUAAAUAAAUAAAUAAAUAAAUAAAUAAAUAAAUGAAUAAAUCUAAUCCCUCAGAUGUCACUCGAUUCGAAUCUACCAAUCACAGAGCAGCCCAUUCGAUUCAG